AUGAUGCGGACCGCCAUCAUCCGGCCAGCGGCCGCUCAACCACGAUCCCUCUGUCGGUUAUGCGUGACCCUAUCACGCGCUGGGCAACAGACUCGAUUCCUUCAUACCGCCAAGCCAAACGCAUCUGCGAUCGUCUCCUCGCGAUCUGCCAAGCUUCACGAGAAUACCACAUUGAGACGAUUUGCUGGGGAAAGCCGCUUCACGAGCGCGGUAUCUACAUCGGGUUUGAGGAGCGAUGGUCACGAGAGGCCUGUCGGCACAAGGGCUGUGUCCAAGGAGCUCCCUGACCUGAACAAGCUGGCUGCGAUUGUUCAGCAGAGCAAGCAGCGCUUCAUGUCGACGGACGGAAUUCCUACUCCACAGCUCGUCAUCGCAGCCUUGAAAACGUGCCAAGGCGCCGCAAAUGCGAUUCAACCAUAUCUAUCCAAGUCGGAGAUUCGUCCGGCCUCUGCCCUCACGGCGUCGACCGCGUCAAACCUGCUAUCCCUGGACUCGAACUCGACUGCAGCUAACUCUGGUAGCACGUCGAUCCCGUCAGUCUCCGUCAAGGAUACAGUCGACACAAUCUCCGAGUCAGCAUACCAAAUUAUCGCACACCCCACCGUUUCCAUUGGUCCCCAGGUCUUGGAGCUGUACGUAAACAUCCAAGCUAGGCUUGGCAGGCCCGAGACACUACCCCAAGUUUUCGAAUUGUAUGCAUCAAAGCCCAAACCCAAGGCAGUCGAGGGUUCAAUCACCUACGUACAGCAGAACCCAAAGCGAGCAGACAAGGCCAUCGAGGCAGCUGUCGCCGAAACAGCUCUGGGGGCCGCCAUCGACGCCAAGAAUCUGGACGCUGCAGUUGGCAUCGUUGAGGCCUGCUAUGCGACACAAGCAUUCUACCGGCAGAAGCUUCUGCGGAAAGCGCUUCUGCCCGCCUCGGCCGUGGUUGCGGCCCCAAUUGGGGUCUACGCUCUAGCCUCCAAUCUCUCGGCAUUCCAGAACACAAUGGAGCCCGUGACAGCCACCAAAUUCGCCUUUGUCGCUAUCCUGGCUUAUCUGGGCUUCACUGGCACAAUCGGUGUGGUUGCGAGGACCACUGUCAACGAUCACAUGCGACGUGUUACUUGGGCUCCAGGUAUCCCGUUGCACCAGCGCUGGAUUCGCGAGGAGGAGCGCGCUGCCAUGGAUGACAUUGCAUGCGCGUGGGGUUACAAGGAGAAAUGGAGGCACGGUGAAGAGGGUGGCAUCGAGUGGGACUCUCUAAGAGAGUAUCUUGGUCUGAAGGGUAUGAUGCUCGACAGAGUUGAGCUGAUGGAGGGAAUGAGUUGA